CACGCUGCUCAUUCGGUGCAGCAGACCAUAGAUAACCUACGACUCACGCUGCAGAGGCUCGAGCAGGCAUCGAGUCGUGUUGGCGCGGGAGCAGCGGGGAUGAUUAAUUAGUCAAAUAAAAAACUCGGUAACGUGACACGGGCACAGAUAAGAAGACACUAAGGGAAACGAAUGACGAAGGUGUUUGGGGUCAAAGAGGACUCAAAACGUGUAGGAACAUCUCUUUUCACAUUAGGGGCGAGUCGUUUUCAUGCAGCUGAGCAGGAGCCGAGUAGCCUAGUAGCCACGCAUCAUCCGGCGGAAUGUCUGGCGUCUGUGGAAGUGAGGCAUGCAAGCUGUGGUAGGGCCCGCUGUGCAGUCAGCAACUCGGUGCGUCGUGGGUGCGGUGGAGCACACCAGUGAUGCACUUGCACUUCAUCUCACUGGACGUGAGUGACGUUGGGCUCGGAACCAAACAAAUUGGGCCAAUGCCGGAUGUCAAACGGCGUCUGAAUAGCUCGCCAGAGUUAAAGUAGGAGAUCGUGAGCCAUCCAGACCGAAAUGAAAACGAAGCAGGAUUGUUUAAAGUCAUAUUCUGUUGUUUGAAACUUGGUCUUGUUGCGCGAAGGUAAUUGCUGUUCGCUCACGUAGCUUCGGACAUGGGAAGUGUAAACACCGCCACUGAGUUCUGAGACUGAGUGCGCACUUGCCCCCCUCUGCAACGGUCAGGAUGGACCGCGACGACCAGGAGGACGGAUUGGACGGUCCAGUCCAUGGACCCCACCGAAUGAGGCCCUCCUCCUACCGAGCCCUCCGGAGCGCUGUGUCCAGCCUGGCGAGGAUAGACGACUUUUUCUGCGAGAAAAUUGGCUCGGGAUUUUUCUCCGAAGUUUUCAAGGUGCAGCAUAGGACAAGUGGUCAGGUGAUGGCGUUGAAAAUGAACACGAUGGCCUCCAACAGAGCCAACAUGCUGAAGGAGGUGCAGCUCAUGAACCGCCUCUGCCACCCCAACAUCCUCAGGUUUGUGGGUGUGUGUGUUCAUGAGGGCCACCUGCACGCUCUGACUGAGUAUAUUAACGGGGGGAACUUGGAGCAGCUGUUGGACAGUGAGAUAAUGUUGCCAUGGGCAACAAGGAUUAACCUUGCGCUGGACAUCAGCAAAGGUCUGCAGUACUUGCACAGUAAAGGAAUAUUUCACCGGGACCUGACGUCAAAGAACUGUCUGGUGCGCUGGGAGGCUGGCCUGUGCACUGCUGUGGUGGGGGACUUUGGUCUCGCUGAGAAGAUUCCGGACUGCAGUGACUGCUCUAACAGGCUGGGCAUCGUGGGCUCCCCCUACUGGAUGGCACCAGAAGUGCUGCGAGGAGAGCCAUACAAUGAGAAGGUGGAUGUCUUUGCAUUCGGAAUCAUUCUCUGUGAGAUCAUUGGGCGAAUCAAGGCUGAUCCAGACUUCUUGCCUCGCACUGAGGACUUUGGGCUGGACGUGGCAGCGUUUGAACUUAUGGCGGGGGACUGCCCACCAGGCUUCCUCGCCCUGGCUGUUGUCUGCUGCAGUAUGGAUGCUCCAGGUCGUCCCUCGUUCUCCACGCUGGUGUGUGAGCUGGAAGAGCUGCAGGGGCAGGGGGAAGCUCGAGAUGAGCUGCCUCAUAAAGAGGACGCUACAGCCUCUCUUGAUCUCACCAUGGAGAGGAGGCGGUCCCUCUGUUGCCCUGGUGACCCUCACCUGUCCUACAGCCAAUCAGACAUGCUGUCCCUGACCACACCCCCUCGACUGACCCAGCCCUCUCCCCAGACAGUACCCCUGACUCGGGUCAACCCCUUCUCCCAGAGAGAAGACUUGAAGGGUGGCCGGAUCAAACUCUUCGACACGCCCAGCAAGUCUGUCAUCUCGUUGACCUUUGACCUUCCUCCGCCCCCCGACCCGUCCGACCCGAGCCACUGUGGGCGAAACUCUCCGAGGGCCCACCGGCGCACCCAGUCGCUGCCGUGCAACCCCCCUCUUACCCUCCUGCCCAACGGGGCGCCGCCAGCAUGCCCCACCGAGAACAGGACGGGCACUCCAAACAGUGACCGUGAGACGGAGGAAAGCACUGCAUGUGGCAUCUUACCAGACAGAGUUGACGUGGACCCAGCCAGGCCUGUGGAGCGGUCUCCCCGUGUGGGGAAAGAGGCAGACGCUGAAAGUCCAGCUGUCCACGCCAUACCCCAUGGGAUGGAGCUGGACUCGUGCGCUGACGACCCGCGCUCCAAGAGCUUAGCGCUAGCGCUCAUUAGCACCGUUGCAGAUAUACGUCACACGGCUGCUGCGGACCAAUCACAGGAGGCAGUGGCCGAUGGGGAGACUCUGAUUGGGGCAGUGGAAGACGUGGAUCUAGGCAGCCCAGGAGGCAUGGGAAAGGGGGGUGGGGAGCAUGGAGAAAGGGAAGAGGGGACGAGUGCACAGGCCCCAGUGGACUCUGGCCUAGAGUUCCCCUCCCUGGAACUAGUGAUGGAGGAGGAGGGGGAGGGAGAGGAGACUGACGUUUCUGGGGAGCCGAUGGACUGCAGGGCCUCCCCUGAACCACCAGAGGGCACUGCUGACAAACAAUUGCACCUGGACACUAGCACUACGUCCCGAACUCCAGGCGACCCUGAGAAGCACCCUCCAAAAGACUGCAGUACUCCCUUUAAGGCACUAGAGGGUGCUGGUAGACCUUUGAAUCUAGAUGAUAACAUUCCUUUUGGCGCACUAGAUAGUAGUGGAGUGGAGUCUCUCUCAAAUGGCUGGAGUUCCCCCCUCUCCAAUAGCCCUCCUUCUUCAGACACUCAUGAGAACAACAACGGCCCAAUCACACGGCCUGUGGGUUGGGGAGGUGGGACCAACGGCUACCACCCCACCCCCACGAGCACCACCCAGACUCCGUUCGACAGUCCCUCACCUGAGUACGAUGAGGUCAUUUCCUGCCCCGGUUGCUGCCUGGCUGGUCUGAGACUGCCGUCACUCUGCAUCCGCACGCCCACCUCCCGCUCCACGGCAGCCUAUAAAAAUCUCAACAGAGACGCCACAGCCAAUCAGGGACUGCUCUGUCCAGCUCCGCCCACAAGUAAACGCCCAGCUCUGAAUGCGCAGAAGAAUGUGUGAGGGUGACUUUAUGGACUUUAGUGAGCGCGCUGGUUUGAAUUUAUGUUGUACAGUCUGCAUUUUCUUCUAAAGCACCUGCAUUAUAAAUAUUAUUGAAUUGUUUGUUUUUGUUUUUUGAGAUGGGAAAAUUUAUUUUGUUUUCAUGACUGGAUUGGAUUGAAUUGAAUAAAUAAAGAGACUUGACUUGC